UGCAAGAAGAAAAAAAAAGCAGCAACAAACCCAGCAGCAGCAGCAGCAGCAACAGCAGGAAAGGCGCAGCAGCAGAGCAACAGCAAAUGCAGCAGCUGCACAACCGAAGCAGCAGAACCAGCAGCACAACUCAGAAACAGCAGAAGCACAACUCGCAUCAGCAGCAACAGCGCAAACGUAUCAGCAGCAGCCGCAGCAACAGUAGCGGCAACAGCAGCAGCAGCAGCAACUUACUUCGUUUGCGAAUGCUUCAAUGCGUUCGUCUUCUGAAGAAAAAUUUUCUGCUGGAGGCGGAGAGACAGGCUGCAGCCAGGAAAACCACAACUGGGUUGAGCGAAGUGUCUGAACUCCCCAUCUUCAUGCGCGACACCAGAGCCUCCAGGGCUUUGCGCCUGCAGCAGCAGCAGCAGCAGCAACAGCAGCAGCAAGAUUAG